AUGGAAAGUAUUUGCCAGUGUUUGCCCUUCAAGAAACCCAUAAAUCGUGGAUUUCCAGGUGAUACUGCUGAGAGCCUUCCUUCCACAGCUUCCGCGAGUUGUACUGUAAAUUCAUCGCAACACCAGCAAUUAUGCUUGUCACAAAAAUGCGUCAGAUUAGCUGCUAGUUAUCUCAACAAUAUGAAAAGUAAUGUGGAUCCAUGCACGGAUUUCUUUUCGUUUGGCUGUGGUUCGUUCGCCAUCAAUCGAGUCGUGCCAGAACACGAAAGGAAAGUCAACGUACUCUCCGAGGUGGAAAAGGAGCAUAGGUUCCACUUGAAAGAAUUACUCGAAGAUACAAGUCCAGAGGCAGAAACGAAGGCUAUGGUUUUGCCUAGAACUUACUACAAUUCGUGCAUGGAUGAAGAUGCACAGGCUAACUUGGGGAAUGUUCCGAUGUUAUCUCUUAUUUCACAGUUGGGUGGUUGGGAGCUGCUAACGAAUGCGAGAUUCGAUGCUGCUGACUAUCACUGGGAAGCAACUGCUGGUAAGAAUCGAGUCAGAUCAUAG